AUGUUUGAAGAAGGUGGAGGAGAGUCCUACGAAACCCAUUCAGGAGAAGAAAAAAAAUCAAAGUCUCCAAAGAAGAAACCCAUAGAAGAAGUAAUUGUUUCGAAGCUUGAGGCAAAACCUGUUGCAACGAAGACUGAUGAAUCUCCAAAAGAGGUGGUUCCUUCGAAAACCGAAGUGUUCAAGAGACUCAAGAAGAUUGAUCACAGGUUACGAAGUUCAUCUGAUAGAUCUCCAAGUUUUUCUCCAUCCAUGGUUCAAAAACCACAUGUUACAUGGAAAGGUGUUGUGAUUCGUGAAAUUCUAGUUCCUAUUUCACCUUCAUCAAAGAGCAUAAAUUCGAAGAUAUGGCUAAACUCAUUUCGAAGAAACAUAAGAAGAAACUUCGAAAGCUAG